UCCAACUAUAAACCUGGUGAUGCUUUAUAAAGUCGAUCAUUUUGCUAAGAAGCAGUACAGUUUAUCGAUAACUUGACGAUCAGCAUCUAUUUCAUCAAAAUGACUAAAUUUUUGUUAACUUCUGUUAUUGGAUGCCUUCUCGUCAUCAGCAUUCAUGCUGGGCCAAUUCCAGAUGAAUUUAAAGACGUAGCUCCAAGCAUUCGUGAAGUUUGUGUGGCAGAAACAGGUGUUCCAGUUGAUUUAAUUGAGAAAGCAAAUAAUGGUGAAUUAACUGCUGAUAAUAAGCUCAAAUGUUAUUUAAAAUGUGUCUUCGAUCAAUUCAGAUUAGUUAACGAUAAGAAAGGAGUUAAUUUUGAUGUGUUUUUGAAGUUGGCUCCACCAAGUUACAAGGAAGUUGCAGAAAACAUUGUUAAAGAAUGCCGUGAUACAAAAGCUGAAACCGAAGGUGACUUGUGUGACUUAGUAUUCCAGAUAAAUAAGUGCAUGCGUAAAGUCGCUGGUGAUCUUUACUUUGUAAUGUAAUGCAAAUAUAAUAAUUACAAUUGAUACAUUUAUUAUAUGCAUAACAUAUAAAUAAAAUAAAUGUUAUAAAUAGAUGUAGAGAUAAAUUCAAUUGUAAUA